AUCUGUAUUCCAAACACUUGUUAGUUCCAAUUGCAUUUGUGUGUGUGAGCAAGUGAGCUAUUCCUGUGCGUUCAAAUUUAUUGUUAAUUUUUAAGGGGCCACCACCCGCGAUCUACGGCAGAAUAAAAAUCAGAAAAGUUUGCAAAGAGGUGGCGGUCAAAAGGGCAAAAACAUUCCUAAGCGUCACGAAAGCCCCACGCGUCGAAGUGUGUGAAAAAAGGCCGCCGAUUACGACGUGUUAUCGCCCCGCUGAAUAGUUUAAUUCCCUACAAAUAGCAGAUUGCGAUCUCAUUCGGAGACAGACGAACUUUGAGCGCCACCACGAUGAGCACCUUUCCCAGUUUCGCGGACAUCUCCGCCAAGUUCUCGGAGGCGACGCUGGACGAGAUCAUCCGGAAUGCCGGUGGCACUCGUCACACCUCCUACAAGUUUGGCCCAAGUGGCAAGAAGGGCGACGCGUACUUGAGCCGCGUCUUCCGCAUAACCAUCUUCGGGGUCAAGUCUUCGGAGAAGGGACAAGACGAGGAGGAGCUGCAGGUCAAUGUGAUCGUUAAGGCAAUGCCCGAUAAUCUGCACAGGCGCCGGCUCUUCCGCUCGGUGAUAUUCUUCCGCAACGAGAUCCACUUCUACACCAAGGUGAUCCCGGCCAUCGAGGCCUUCCAGAAGUCGCGCCAGCCCGCCCCCAAGAAGCCCUUCGUCGAGUAUCCAAAGUGCUUGGCGACGCUGUGCGACGGGGUCAACGACUUCAUUGCCCUCGAGGAUGUGGGUCCCAAGGGAUACAAGGCGCCAGUGCGCCAGGACUACAUUUCGCUGGAGGACGCCCUGCUGACGGUGCGAUCUCUUGGCCGCUUCCACGGCGUUGCGCUGGCCUUCAAUGCACUGGACCACGACAACUUCGAGAAGGCGGCCGGAGCGCUGGAGGAGACCUACUACGGGGAGCACACGCGCGAGUGGUACACCGGCUUCCUGCUGCUGGCCGAGAAGGUGGCCAAGGACGCCAUCCGUCAGAUUUAUCCGGGCAGCAAGUACGAAACGGUGGCCGACAACUUUCUGCAGCCCACACUGUUCGAUGAUCUGAUCAAUCUGGUGUCCACGCGCUCCAAGCUGAGUGUGUUCGGGCACGGCGACUGCUGGACGCCCAACUUCCUGACCAAGUACAACGAGCAGGGGGAGUCGGUGGCGAACAUCAUCAUCGACUUCCAGCUGGCCAGGUGCUCCUCGCUGGCCCUCGACGUCAGCUUCUUCGUGUACUCGUGCACCAGCCAGCAGCUGAGGGAGCAGCACUACGAGACGCUGCUGCGCGCCUACCUGGAGAGUGCCCAGGAUCUGAUCAAGGAUCUCGGCGGCAAUCCGGAGGCCAUCAUCUCGUGGGAAUCGCUGCAGGAGGAGCUGAAGAACUUCGGCCGUUUCGGCUGCGGCAUGGGCAUUGAAUCGCUGCCGAUGACGAUGAUCGAGGACGACGAGGUGGCCGAUCUGGAUGGCAUCACCGAGAACGCCAUCCUCACCGACGUGUGGAACAUCACGCCGUUCAAGGAGCCAGCCAAACAGCAGCGACUGGCCGACAUCUUCAAGCACGCCAUCGAUCAGGGAUACAUUAAGUAGAGAAUCAGCAUUGUGACCUCCUUUUGUUUUCUGCGAUCAAAUCGAAUCCACCUUCUAUUGGGAAUUUAUGUAGCCCAUGUAUGUGCAAAAAAUAUAUGUAUAUGUAACUCCGGAUUAUUGAAA